AUGACAGAACUAGGGAGUUUUUUAGGCUCCCAGAUGCUGCACUUCGACAGCCCUGAGAAUCCAGAGAUUUCACAGGUGGUGCUUCAGACAUUCAUCUGUCGUUUCUGUCGGACCGUGGAUUCUUCCCAGAAUGCCUACAACGAGGACACGUCUGCCCUGGUGGAACGCCUGGACUACCUGGAGAGAGCGCUGUUUAGGGCGGGGCAGAGUGGCCUCAACAGCUUCCAGAGCUGGGAGGGGGGCCACGCAUCAACCCUCAAUGCCUCCAGCCUGGUGCUCAACUACCGCAAGAGGAUGAUCGCUGAUCUGCAGCCCUGAGGGGCAUCUUCAAUGAUACGUCCAGAGUGGCCCCCUACUCCCUUUAUAGUGCACUACUUUUUACCUGAAAGUAGUGCACUAUAAAGGGAGUAGGGUGCCAUCUGGAACACAAUCCAACACAACAUAGGCGAAAAAGGACUGAGUUGGAAGUUGAGCAAUGAAUUAGUGUGUGUUAUAAAAUAUACGUUUCAUGUGGGAAUCAGUUUUCUAAGGCUGCGCUUAAACUGGCAGCCGAAUUCUGAUAUUUUUUCCACUAAUUGGUCUUUUGACCAAUCACAUCAGAUCUUUUCACAUCGUAUCUUUUUCAGAGCUGAUUUGAUUGGUCAAAGAACAAUUAGUGGGAAAAAAAUCAGAAUUGGACUCCUUGUCUAAAUGCGGCCUAUAUUACGGUGUAAGCUUGUGUUUGAUUUCUGAGAUCUGCACACACAUGCUGUACACAUGUUUUUCAAAGGCUUUGUUCUAUGUUAUGUAAGUCAGUCUUUGAAUUGGAUGUUAUCCUUGUUCUUAUGUAACAUAUGAAUGCUGGGGAAAAACGGGAAAGGUUUUGUGAGAUCUUAUUUUGAAAAGUAUGUGGUUUGCAUAUGAUCAGAGAUGAUGUAGGCCAAAUAACUUUAAAAAUGGUUGUGUAACAUGUAUUUAUUACCAUAGUCUAGCUCUGCAUGUGUAAUGAAUAUAACCUACCCUUUCUCCAUAAAUGUAAUUUCUACAACAACUUAAUGUAAAUAUGCCAUAACUGAUUUACAUCUAAUGAGUCCAUUUGAACCCCAUCUACAGUACAUAAACAUUAGGCUGCAGAAGAGCUUGGAUCUGCCAUAGAGUCCAUAGUGUCAACAUAGUAAACAGCGCGGGAGGUAGCCUAGCUGUUAAGAGCGUUGGGCCAGUAACUGAAAGGUUGCUGAUUCCAAUCCCUGAGCUAGGUGAAAACCUGUCUAUUUGCCUUUGAGCAAGGCACUUUACCAUAAUUUCUCCUGUAAGUCACUCUGGCUAAAAAUGUGAAUGGCACAGAGAGGUUGAUGCUGCUUCAUUGGCUCUUUUUCAUUACACUGAUACUGUCAUAAGGUAUUGCCUAGUUAAGAAUAGAUCUCAGUUGUACUGUGUCUGCAUCAUAAAGUUUCAGCCUGUGAAAAAAAAUGAAUCACAGGGUAUGAUUCUUGACUAAAACACGUGUAAGAAAAACUCAUUCUCGCAUUUGUUUACCUGUAAUGUUGACAUUUAAUAAUAAUGACAUCUGAUUUUAUCCUCUCUUUACAGUAUAUAUUCAUGAGAUGCAUUGUCUCCAUAUAUAUAUUUGAUACAC